AUGUUGUCAGGCCUCGCAAACCCGCGGCAAGCUGCCGUCCAACUUAUGAACUUUGGCCUGAUCCUGUCAACCGCAUUUAUGAUGUGGAAAGGUCUUUCGGUCAUCACAGAUUCCCCGUCCCCGAUUGUCGUCGUCCUGUCCGGUAGCAUGGAGCCGGCUUUCCAGCGCGGCGAUCUCUUGUUCUUGUGGAACCGCAAUGUCGUGGCCGAAACCAGCGUUGGAGAGAUUGUCGUGUACAAUGUGAAGGGCAAGGAUAUCCCCAUCGUGCACAGGAUAGUUAGGAAGUUUGGAAAGGGACCCGAAGCGAAGUUGCUCACAAAGGGAGAUAAUAACGUCUCGGACGACACAGAGCUCUACGCAAGUGGACAGGAUUACCUGGUUAGGAAAGAUAUUAUCGGGAGCGUCUUUGCCUACAUUCCUUUUGUUGGCUACGUUACCAUUCUUUUAUCCGAGCACCCAUGGCUCAAGACCGUCAUGCUCGGACUGAUGGGCUUAGUGGUGGUUUUGCAGCGCGAAUAG